AUGCCGACCGAUGCCAAAGUUGCUGAGAUGAUCGAACGCAUGUCAGAUGUGAUGACUAAAGUAAGGGGCGAUCGUCCAGGGAGUCCCAUGAGCACUUUUCGGCAGACGCUUUUAGCCCUGGCUAUGGACUGUGGCAUUGAUUGGAUUAGGCGCUUUCCUGAUGUCAUGAGCACUGGCACGAACGGGACACAGCCUUGGAUGCAUGGAGAGCUCGGAGGGACUCACAACAGUGACGUCACAGCGGCUGCAACCCAGCUACUCUCCUACCUGAACAUCCAAGAGGGUGACAGCCGCAGAAAUGACUACCUAGAAGUGACGAUCCGCUUCGUCGCCUGCAUUCUGGAUGACAGGCUGAAGUUCCUGACUCUCAUGCCUCGCCGUAUCCAGACGGGGCCCGACGACUGGGCCAUCACUGCAGCUCCGUCUAACCGGUCAUGGAUUGCCGUCCCGGUCGUACUGGCCAGCCAGCCGCUGUGGCAGAAACGGGCAUGGGUUGUUGAGCCCUUUGAUCCUGACGCCGAGCCUGAGCGACCAGAGGAGCAUCUUCCAGAUCCAGUGCAGGCAGCGAUGAGCGAUCGCAUUGCCGAGGACAUCUUCCCCGUCUUAACUUCAGACUACGCCGAUAGGCGGUCCACAUGGAGGCUCAGAAAAGAGCAGGAAUUUUUCGGCUGUGGGCCGCUCGUCGCUGAUAACAACUCUGCAAUGAUCCUGUUGAAGAAACAGAAAGUGUACGGAGUUGAGGACUAUAACUGGGCUGAGAUCAAGAAAAUCAGCCAGAGAGCAGAAUCGUAG